UUCAAAAACUCAACCUCAAAAGUCAACGCUUCUGUCUUCAACCACUUCUUCUUUUCUCUUCUUUUCAUUCUCAGCUUCCCUUUGGCUUUCUCUUAGAUAAUGAAUCCGCCAUGAGAUAAGAGUCGCAGAGAUAGAUAUUUUUGAGUUGCUCAAAAUAGAAAAAAGACUCCAAUUUUUUCAUUCUUUUUGGUGAUGGGGAACGGCUUGGGAAAGAUAACAGUCUGCUUCACCUGCGGCGAAGAGGCUCGCCGGAGGCAGGAGAUACCUGUUCUACUCUCGGGUCCAGAGGGCCACUCCUUCUGCUACGUAAGACCUGACCCGACACUACUCUCUUCCUCAAAGGUCCACUCCGAAGAGACGACUACCUUUAAAACUAUCUCCGGCGCAUCAGUGAGCGCCAACACGUGGACUCCUCUGUCCACGGCUAUCGUCGACGACUAUUCAUACCACGGUAUCGAGCGAGCGGUGACGUUCGAGAGUUCCACCUCGUUCGCAUCGAUUCCUCUCCAACCAAUCCCGAGGAAUCUGAUGAAUUCGGGCCCGAUUUCUGGUAGCUUGUACGGAGUUCCAGGCUCUGGCCCUCUCGAAAGAGGUUUCUUAUCGGGUCCGAUUGAGCGGAGCUUCAUGUCCGGCCCGGUUGAUCCCGGGCUAUACUCCGGUCCAAUCGAAAAGGGUUACUCGGAUCAGUUCCAAAGGAGCUUCUCCCAUGGGGGUUUCGCUUUCAGACCUAGAUCGAGAAAGGGGAAGCUGAUUCGUGUCCUUCAGCGAGCAAUAUCGAAGGCCAUGUCUCGGGGGCAGCAAAACUCGAUGGUUGCUCCGAUCAAAGGCGGCGUCGUGAAAGAGCCUGAUUGGUUUGUAGGGCAGGAGAAGCAUCACAAUGAGAAUUUGACGGUGAGUAGCGUGAAUUUCAGUAGUGAUGGUAGCUUAGAAGACGACGACUACUUCGAAAGUCAGAAUCUUCAUUGGGCCCAAGGAAAAGCAGGGGAGGAUCGGGUCCACGUUGUCGUUUCGGAGGAGCGCGGCUGGGUAUUCGUUGGGAUUUACGAUGGAUUCAACGGCCCUGACGCGCCCGAUUACUUGCUAUCGAAUUUAUACUCUGCCGUUCACAAGGAGCUCAAGGGUUUAUUGUGGGACGACGGAUUUGGAUCUGCGACGAGCACAAUCACAUCUGCCCCUGCCACAUCCUCCCCUGUUCUAUCACAGACUUCCAAUUCCGAGUCCAAUUCCAGUUCGGAAAUGGAGUAUUCCUUGAGGAAUCAGACGGCGGGUGAUGCUUGUGCCCGGGGCGUAAUUGAGGAGCCCGAGAAUUACCCGUGUGCUAGUGGGGAUGACGGGAAGCGAAAGAGGGGUAAGAAAAGUUCUGCGAGGAGCAAAAAGAAAUGGGAGGAGAAUCAGAGGAGGUGGUGGUGGAAGUGUGAGUGGGACCGGGAGAGAGUGGAGCUCGACCGGAGAUUGAAGGAACAAUUACAGAAGAGUAGUUAUAAAUCUGCGUCGGAUGGGUCGCAAACGAUCAAUCACGCAGAUGUGUUGAAAGCGCUAUCGCAAGCUCUGACGAAGACAGAGGAGACCUAUUUGGAGAUUGCCGACAACAUGGUUGCGGAAAAUCCGGAGUUGGCGUUGAUGGGUUCGUGUGUGCUGGUAAUGCUAAUGAAAGGUGAGGACGUGUAUGUGAUGAAUGUGGGUGAUAGUCGAGCCGUGUUGGCUCAGAAGGCUGAGCCCGAUUACUGGAUUGGCAGGACUCGGGAUGACUUGGAGAGGAUCACCGAAGAAACAACGCAUGAUCUGGAAGCGUCCGACGGCGAUAGGCCCAGCACAUGCCCGAAUCUGACUGCUUUUCAGCUUAGCGUGGAUCAUAGCACUGAUGUAGAUGAGGAGGUCCAGAGAAUAAAGAAUGAACAUCCAGAUGAUGGUUGUGCUGUGAUGAACGAUCGUGUGAAGGGUUUGAAGGUCACUCGAGCUUUUGGUGCUGGGUUUCUCAAGAAGCCAAAAUGGAACAAUGCCCUUUUGGAGACGUUCAGAAUCGACUAUGUAGGGACUUCACCUUAUAUCAAUUGUGUUCCAUCUCUAUACCACCAUAGCUUAGGUCCAAAAGACAGAUUUUUGAUAUUAUCUUCAGAUGGACUCUAUCAAUACAUGACGAAUGAAGAAGCUGUUUCUGAAGUAGAACAAUUCAUCACAUUGCAACCAGAAGGAGACCCGGCACAGCAUCUGGUUGAGGAAGUGCUAUUCCGUGCUGCAAAGAAAGCUGGUAUGGACUUCCAUGACUUACUCGAAAUACCACACGGGGAUCGACGGCGUUACCAUGAUGAUGUUUCCAUCAUUGUUAUUUCUUUGGAGGGAAGAAUAUGGAAGUCAUGGGUAUAAGUAGAGAAAACCACAGAUACAAGUUAUAGAGACAUCUGUUACCAAGUCAGCAUUACCCCUAUUUUGCUGUUUCUUCCUGGUCCCCUUGGUAAUACUAGGAAUUAAGCUCCCGGUAUUGCUUCAGGGUCUUAGUUGGCAAUUUACUGGGUGGUGAUGAGUGUAAAGGUGUGAAAGCUGGUUCAUGUUAAAUAGAAAUGUCAAUGAAAAAUUGUGAUAUUCAAAUAAAUGGCAUUCCUUUUUGAAAA